AGUGUCUCAGAAGCCUACGGUAACCAGAUCCCCGGCGGGUGGGGCAGCGGGGCGCGUUACUAUCACCGGUCAAGAAGCUGCUCUGGCCCUCAGUCCAGGCUGGGCCGUAGGGAUUCUCAGCGCAGGGAUGGCGCAGAAGCUGGGCGAAUGGGCCAAGGCGCCCGCGGAGGCCACCGGGCUGUACCGGGCCAUGCUGCUCAGGUCGGCCUCAAUGUACUCGGAGAUCCAGAGGGAACGGGCGGACAUUGGGGGACUCAUGGCCCGGCCAGAGUAUAGAGAACGGAACGCAGAGCUCAUCAAACCCAAGAAGCUGCUGAACCCUGUGAAGGCCUCCCGAAGCCACCAGGAGCUGCACCGGGAGCUGCUUAUGAACCACAGAAGGGGCCUGGGUGUGGACAGCAAGCCUGAGCUCCAGCGGGUCCUGGAGCACCGUCGCCGGAAUCAGUUAAUCAAAAAGAAAGAGGAGGAACUGGAAGCCAAGCGGCUACAGUGUCCCUUCAAGCAGGAGCUGCUGAGACGCCAGCAGAGACUGAACCAGCUGGAAAACCCACCUCAGAGAGAACAGGACCACGCCCCUGAGUUCAUCAAAGUCCGGGAAAACCUGCGCAGAAUCACCACCACACUGACCAGCGAAGAGAGAGCACUGUAGAGUCCCCUCCACUCAGCUCCUGCCACUCACUCUGGCCCAGCCCUCCUCCAGCCCUGAGGGCCCUGGCCCACAGUGAUGCCAGCAAGGC